GGAAAUUGGGGCUUCCGGUGAUGCAACUUAGGAAAUGGCUGCCUAGUUUUUCGUACUGCACAUCGGUUGGGAAUUUCCCCCCCAAAUUCAAGUAUUUACUCCGAGCAUUAUAAUAACUUACGCAAAAUGGAAAAGGGGAAAACAGGAAAAGGUCGUGGAGCUACAACAACAGCCCGUAACAAGACAGCAGAAGAUAUAAUCGUCGAAGAACCCGAAAUGGCUAAUGCUAGCGCAAAUAAGAUAGCAGCAGCAAAAGAACCCUCAUUUCGUGAGGUGAUGAAGGAGGAAUUGCGCGAGGCGCUCACAGGCUUACGAGAGGAACUUCGAGAAGAUGUAAGAAAAUAACUGAGUUCAAGAAGGACAUUAACCAGAAACUGGAAGAAAACAAAUUAGAACUUCACAGCAUAUCUACAAGAAUAGGGGACGCAGAACAGCGCAUUGGGGAAACGGACACAUGGAACUUCGCAGUCAAGGAAAUACUUGAACAGUCACUGAAAAGCCAACAUGCACUACAGGCAAAAGUGACAGAACUCGAAUGUUUCUCACGUCGAAACAACAUUAGACUUUAUAACGUAGUAGAGGGCGCAGAAAAAGACUCUGCCCAACUUCGUGGAGGGUCUAUUCAAGGACAUACUUGACGACGACACUGACCAGGGAAUCGAGAGAGCACACCGAGCUCUGGCCUCAAAACCCCCCAGCGGCGCCCCACCAAGAUCCAUAGUAAUACGGUUCCUAAAAUUCUCAGUCAAAGAGAAAGUUUUACAUGCUACCUGGAAAAAACCUGUUAACUUCCAAGGCCAACGAGUGUUCUUUGAUCAUGACUACGCGGGAGAGAUACUGAAAAGAAGGAAAGAAUACACCCCCAUUAAGAAAGCACUUAAAGAGAAGGGUAUUCGCUUCCAAACACCAUACCCGGCAAAAAUGCGGGUAUUUCUGAAAAAAUGGCCCGGUUACAUACGAGCAUGCAGACGAGGCGGCUGAGGACCUGAAGUCAAGGGGCUUCCCAGUGGAGUAUACCGCCAGGAGAAAGGCGACAUCACCAGCGGAAAGACUCGAGCAGGCUCUCCCAUGGAUCGCUGUCAACAAGCAAGGUCAUGGAGAAAGAGGGAAACCAUCUCGGCGAGAGGACGUUCACAUCCGAGAGAGACUCAGGCAUUUCCAACGGGAAGAUGAAAGACACUGAAUCAGAUUUAACAGAAUUAAUAGUUACCGCAGCUGUUAAGACUUUGGGUUGUUACGGUUGACAUUGCAAUAGAUAAAAUAUCUCCCCUAUUUUCCCCCAAUGCUGAACAAGGCGUCCUGGAAUGCCAUCUGGAGCUAGGAUGCCCCACCAGGGUGCCCCCAUGGGCCCCCCCGGCCCCCCGUACAGUGGGAGCCCUACGGUGCGGCCCGGCCUGCCCACCCCGGUCAUGGAGCCCAGCCGCAAGAGACCUGCCCCCUCCCAGCAGAACCAGCAGCAGCAGAACGUACAGAACCGGGCCAGAAACGCCAAGAGAAGGAAAAUGGCAGACAAGAUUCUUCCACAGAGGAUCCGUGAACUGGUCCCUGAGUCACAGGCUUACAUGGACCUGCUGGCCUUCGAACGUAAACUGGACCAGACCAUCAUGCGUAAACGGGUGGACAUCCAGGAAGCCCUGAAGAGACCCAUGAAGCAAAAGCGUAAACUGAGGCUGUACAUCUCCAACACCUUCAACCCUGCCAAGCCCGACGCUGACGACUCGGAUGGCAGUAUUGCAUCAUGGGAGCUGCGGGUUGAGGGGAAGCUGCUGGAUGAUCCUGGGAAGCUGAAGAGGAAAUUCUCCUCUUUCUUCAAGAGCCUGGUGAUUGAGCUGGACAAAGACCUAUACGGUCCUGACAACCACCUUGUAGAGUGGCACCGCACUCCCACCACCCAGGAGACGGACGGCUUCCAGGUGAAGCGGCCAGGGGACGUGAGCGUGCGCUGCACACUGCUGCUAAUGCUGGACUACCAGCCCCCCCAGUUUAAACUUGACCCUCGCCUGGCCCGGCUGCUGGGUAUCCACACCCAGACCCGCUCCUGUAUCAUCCAGGCCCUGUGGCAGUAUGUCAAGACCAACAAGCUGCAGGACUCCCAUGACAAGGAGUACAUCAACUGUGACAAGUACUUUCAGCAGAUCUUUGACUGCCCGAGGCUCAAGUUCUCGGAGAUCCCCCAGCGUCUCACCAACCUCCUCCUGCCCCCUGACCCCAUCGUCAUCAACCACGUCAUCAGUGUGGACCCUAACGACCAGAAGAAGACGGCAUGCUAUGACAUUGACGUGGAGGUGGAGGACCCCCUGAAGAGCCAGAUGAGCAGCUUCCUGCUCUCCACCGCCAACCAGCAGGAGAUCGCCUCAUUGGACAACAAGGUGGGACAACCACACAGGAAGGAUAGCCAAUCACAAUUACCCAAGAUGACCUUAAAGAUCCAUGAGACCAUUGAGUCCAUCAACCAGUUGAAGAUCCAGAGGGACUUUAUGCUCAGCUUCUCCAGGGAUCCUAAGGGCUACAUCCAGGACUGGCUCAAGUCCCAAAGCAGAGACCUGAAGCUGAUGACAGACGUGGUGGGGAACCCAGAGGAGGAGAGGAGGGCGGCGUUUUACCACGAGCCCUGGUCCCAGGAGGCCGUCAGUCGCUACUUCUACUGCAAGAUCCAGCAGAGGAGACAGGAGCUGGAGCAGGCCUUGGCCGUGAGGAACACCUAAACGCCGUCUCGGACGUCACGCUGCACUCUUCAUCUGACCCCAGACCUGUGUUUGUUAUUUUUUUUUGCUUUCUUCACAUUCACAGUACUGUGACCCGUGGCCUCUGACCCAUCCCCAAUCGCAUGUAUCUAAAAAAAAAAAAGAAAACUUGGAACAAUCUGUUCAUCUCUGAUGGACAUGACCGGACAUCUCUCUCCACACUCCUGGAAUCCCAGGCCCACAGUUGGUUACUUUUUAAUGUCACCCACUAGCAUGUCACAGUCUUUCCAUAGAGACUACAAGUCAUUGUACCAGCUGCCUGCAGAAUGAUCACUGUGUCUUGGAUUCAUCUCAACCAGAUGGACUGAAUCCAGCAGUACUGUACAUAAUAGAAAGGUCAUAAUGGUCCACUGCAUCUCAUUCGUGAGUCCAAAGUGGUUGUUUGUAACCUAUUGUUUCAAGUGUCUUGACUCACACACAGUUUGGAUUGUGCCCAUUUUGUUUUUAGUGUAUCAUUAGCUGUAUGGUUCGUGUGAGCCGUAUGCUCAAGAGUGUGUGUGUUUUGAUGUGUGGAACCAAAUGAACACCAGCGGAAUGAAGAUUACAGUAUGAAGUAAUGGGUCGUGGGACUGGGCGAAUUUCUCUUCUGAAGCCCAAACGUUGAGGUCUGUCAUUUUAAAACAUGAAUUUGUUCAAGGUAGGCAGCUUUCGUGAAUUAGAUUUUCCCUCAUUAUAAACUAAUCUAAAAUGCAAUCUAAGAUUAGUUUAAUUUCUUUCAACUUUCUUCUGUAAUUUACUUAAACAAUGUAACAGUAUAAGUAGAUCUCUGUGUAAGUGAAUAUGUAUUUCAGCAGAUUGUUAAAAGGGACAAUGACAAUUAACACCAAUGUCUGCUGGCUGUAGAAAGGAUAGAUGGUGACAUGAUGAGUAAGCACAAGGUGAAGUACUGUAGCAACACUUGGCAGUCAGUACACCCUGUAAUGCUUUUACAGACUAACUCUCUGUUACAAAGCACCCAGACAGACUUGCCGCAGCGAAUUGCCAUGCAUAUGGAUUAGCUUUCGUGGUUUGUGCUGCUUCAUUGUCCUGUCAUAAUAACUCUACAAAAGUCAUGUCUGGGAACAGUAUUAGCUACAGAUCUCUCCCAAUACUCAAGCCAGUGUUUUUUUAAAUAUUAACGAUAGACACAUUUUGGAAUAUGAUGUAACCAACACCAUUUCCUAUGUUGAACAAUCAUGGGGCGGGCAGUGAAGCUGCAGCCACAUCUGUACAUUACCUGCUAUGAAAAAUGUUGGCCGGUAACUAAUUCUAUUAUUUGAAAUGAAUGACGAAAUGGGUCUUUGUUCAUUGUAUUUUUAGUUAACAUCCAUUGUGAACUUCCUGUCCCAAAUGGAUCUGUCUGACAGUAUUUUGUCCUUGAACAUUUUGACGGAGUCACCAAAGGUCUCGAUAAAAGAGUAUUAUACUAGUUAAAAUAGACAAUGAACAAUGGUUACUGUGAUUUUGUCUCAGCUCGAUAAAGCUAUGUUACCAGUUAAAACUGAAGGGUGAAUAUGAAGACAUUUUUAAGGGAUAUGUGAAUGUAAAUAUCAUUUUUUCCCCCUUAAGGGCAACUGUACAGCCUAUGACUGUCUGUUUGUCUGUUUCGUUUAGGGAACGGCGGGACAUAUGGGGUGGGAAGGAUUGGGUUUCAUAGGUUUAAAGCUGUAGGACAGGGACGCUAGUGUCCCUCUAUGUACACUUGGGGGAGGGGGGGGGGUAUUUUAGGUCCUUGUUGAGUUUUAAUGGGGCAGAACCAUAGAAUUGAAUGCUGGGAUUGAUGAUGCCUCCAUCUCGCCACAUACAAGGCUUGCUCAUCUCUAACUACCACAGCAACUCAGUUCUGUGCCCUUCUAGUUUUGUGUGUCAUGGGAGAAGCCUUCUCAGUUUCUGAUUUGAAAUCGACACUGCUGUCUUCUGUAACGUUCAAACUUGUGUCCUUGUUACAUUUGUUUUGUGUCAAGAUGCUCUUCAACAUGGCUGAGUUCCUAUACUCAGCAUAAACAGAGGUUGCGUUUCAUAAAGACCUAUGCAUGCUGCAUGGACAGGUUUUAUACAUUUCAAACAGGACAUGUAAAUACCCUCACAAAUGCAUGGAAGCGGAUUUGAAGAGCACUGGAUUUGACACAAUCUUUUGUGAAGGGGCCUUUUUCGAACAUUUGCUAAAAACCUGUAUGCUACCCAGCCAGCAUAGAUGUUAUCUGCAUAUGAGAGUUUUUGUCACUACAGGUUCCAUGUAUGUCAACUUCACCAAUCAAGGGAGCAUACUAGUUGUUGUAUUCAAUUGUGUCAAUCGAUACUUGUUUGACCCAGAUGUUCUUGUAUGUUUGGCAGUCAUGGAGCAUCUUUGACUGUUGGGCACCCCUUGCUGGGCAUUCUAGAAACUUCAACUCACUGACACCCUCUGUCUGACAAUGGAAACCUGUCAUUUGACUAAUAUAAAAGACUGUACUUAAA